AUGGUCAAGAUCAUCGCCUCCGCCAGCGCUUUGGCCGCUGUCGCCAUUGCCGGCACCGUCAACGAGAUCCCCGCCGACAUGCGCGCGCUCAUGGACACGAACGCGAACCCGUGCGACGACUUUUACCAGUACGCGUGCGGUGGGUGGUACAAGCAAGCCGUAAUUCCGGCGGACCAAGACAAGACCGACACAUCAUUCAGCGUCCUUGGCGACAAGAACGACGCGGUCAUUCGCCAGAUCCUCGGCGCGGGCUACCCCAAGGUGUCGGAGUACUACAAGUCGUGCCUCGACACGCGGACGCUGACGACCAAGGGCCUCGCGCCCAUCUCGGAUGACCUCCAGAGCAUCAAGACGGCCACUUCGGUGGCUGGCUUGCUCCAAGUUGCGGCCAACCUGAGCAAGAAGGGUGUCUAUGCCUUCACCCAGCCUGAGAUGCGACGGCCAACGUGCUCUACUCGGCCCAAGCGCCGUCGACGCUGACGCGUCAGCUGUACGUCAACCCGC